GAAAACGUGAGAAUACAACAACCGUUAAAUGAUGGCUCCUAAUAACACACAUUUUUACUGAAAUAUAAAAAUGAUUGAUAUAUUAGAAGAUUUAAAAAAUACUUUGAAUUUUAUUAAAUGGAGCCGGCACCGCGUAUAUCAGCACAGUCAGCGAUGCCGGCGACUUCAGUAUCAGUACCUAUAUGUAAUGUAGUCUAGCGUUAUUAACGCGAAGCAACACAUCACUCGUGGCUUAUACGAGUUGUAUCUGAUCAUUGUUCUUGUACUGCCGUGAGUGAAUUGUUCCUGCCUUUCUUUGAUAAGAAACAAGAUGGAUUUAAAAGAUUGUAUCAAAUUGUGUACAAAACUUAAUUAUAAUAAAGAUAUGCAUAAUAUCAAAUGGUCUAAAGUACCAAAAAACAAUAAACCUGAUCAAUAUCACAAAAAACCAUUGCCAUACCAUAUGGAAAUGACAAGAAGUUUAUAUGAGCCAAUUAAAAAACUUAAUAAAAGUAGAAAGCAUGAAAAGAUAGAAGGUAAAAAGAAUGAAAAGUUCCAAGUAUCAGAAAUUAGACAAAAAAUUCGAGAGGUUGGAAUAGGAUGGAAUGCAAUAAAUGCUUUUGAAAAGCGCUAUAGGGAAUCUCAAAAAAAAUAUGCAACAGAAACCAUAAACAUAAAUAGUAGUGAGUCCAAUGAUUCUUUUGUUACAGUACGAACUUCUAAUACUGAUACAGAUGACUCAUUUUUGUCAACUACACAAGAUUUUGAGUAUUUAAAAAUAUCUGAAUCUGAUGAAUAUAUUCAAAAUGAUAUUUUACAUGGUGGUAGUAAAGAAAUAGAUCGUUACAAAAGAAAUGCUCUCAUGAAAGGAAUUAUACUAAAUAAAGAGAACAUUUGUCCCUUGAAUUCUCUAAAACCCAAAUCGAAUAGUAAGGAAACUCUUGAUUCAUCGAACGGAAUCCUAAGCGACGAGGAAAAUUUGAAUAAAAAUAAAAAUAAACAUUAUCAAACUUCAAUAGAACCAGCCAAAAAAAAGUCUGAGCAAAAAGAUCAUCCAAUGUUAAAGGAAACCCAAGUUUAAAACUUUUAGAAAUCAUUUUAUAAAUACUUUAAAUGAUUUUUUUUGUGAAUUUGUUACUAACAAAAGUAGAAGAAUUGAAGCAAAUGCAAACAAAGACCAAUAUGAAUUAAAAGUGUUAUCAUGGUUUAGGUUUGUUGUAAUAGUAUGUAUCAAUUGCAUUUUAUUCUAAGCUGUUUAUAAAAAUUGUAUGUUGUAUUUAUUUCGAUACUCCGUGCGCAAAGUGCGUCUUUCCCGCACGCUCGACAGAAAAUAUGCGUUGAAAAUCGCACUUUCCACACAUUGUAUCAAAAACUACGGUACGGCACAUGUUCGGGAAAGAGUUUCUCGUCUCGUGUACCUACCCACCCUCGCUUUGUUCGGGCGUAAACACCACACGACACAAGAACCUACUUUCCCACACUUGUAUGGUAAAGUACUAUUCCUGCAGGUAUAACACAUUUAACGACUUUAUUGUAAUAACUCUUCAAGCGUGUUAUAUACAAAAAGGUAGACUUAGACCGAGCAAAAAUUGUUUACAGUUCAUGCAAUUUUGAGAUUUUUAGAUAUGUAUUCAAUGUUAUUCACAAUCACAAAGUGAAAUAUAAUAUUUUGACUAUCUUUAAAUAUAAAAGUAAAAAGAUAGUUCUAUAUAUUUGUUAGUAGAAACUAUGUAUAACUAUAACUACUAU